GAAUGGUAUUUCCCUUGUUUAUUUCAUCAUUAAAAAGCUUUAAAUUAGAUGUUUUGUUCGAACUCUAGAGUUGGGCAUAAUUAAAAUGUGGGCAAAAUGUUUUGACGAGUCUUAAAUUAACAUGUUUAAAAAGCUCAAAAUACAAACUGCAUAUGUACAUAUAUGACCUUAAACAGACUCAUUCUUUAUUAUUUAACCGGAAAAACUUCAGAAUAAAUGUUUAAAAAUGGCUUUUUGCGGUUUCCUCUCGGGCCGUCUGUUUCAGGAGGAGCUAGUUGAGCAACUAUUUGCUUUAUCAAACAUUAGAAAGACCUGCCCAACGGCACGCUUUAACCAGCCUACGUGUAGGGCCAGUCACAGAGAAACGCUCUGCUCAGAAGCACGUCCAGACAAGGCCAUUAAAACCAGCAGCUGACCACAACGGUGUCUGCUGCCAUGUCCAUCAGCGUGGAUCUGAAGAGGAUCUCCAACCUCCCGGGCCGAUCGGACAGAAAAGUCGAGCUCUCCUUCAGAGGUUUCACUCAUAAAACCAGAGCUCUGCAGUGCACCAAUCUGGCCAUCUUCAACGAGCAUUUCAGAUGGCCUCAUUAUGGCAGAGAGAUCACAGAUGAAGUUUUGUCCAUCAGCGUUUACAACUGCAGCAAAGUGUUUACCAACAGGCUGCUCGGCCGGCUGGUUGUUAGUCUCCAGCACGUUGUGACUACCGGCAGGUUGUUGCUGCGGGAACCUCUGACUGAUGCUAACUACAGCCUGACCAAUAUCGUUAUAGAGCUGGACAUUCACUUCCAUCCAGUGGAAGGGACAGCAGGACACUGGGAGGGACUCGAUUUUCUGAGCACCGAGGACAACGAUGAAUCAGGGCUGGUCAUCAGGAACGAUGGGUUUGAUGAUCUUGAGAGAGGCCUGAUAUUCACUCGCCCAGACCAGCUAGAGAGAGAUGCUCGUCGCCUCGGUCAGAGUCUGGUGCGGACCGGAGAUGAAGGUGAUGAUGAUGAUGAUUAUGAUGAUGAUUAUGAUGAUGACCUCGCAGAGAUGGAGGCUACAGACAUCACCUUAAGUCCUCUUCGUAGUCGUUGCAGGGCGAUGCCACGGAUUGCUGGUGCAGUGAUGCCCAGAGUCCAGAGUUUUCAGGUGAACGUGAACAUCCUUGAGGCUCAGAAGCUUGUUGGUGUGAACAUCAACCCUGCAGUUUUUGUCAGGGUUGGCGGUCAGAAAAAGAACACUGCGACGCAGAAAUCCACCAACUGUCCGUUCUACAACGAGAAUUUCCAGUUUGAGUUUCAGGAAGCUCCACAGAUCUUCUUGGAUAAAGUCAUAGAAAUAAAGGUGUUCCACAGACGGACUCUGGCCUUCCUGAUGACCCACAUCGGGACCUUUAAAAUCGACAUCUCCACUGUCUAUAAUCAGCCAGAUCAGCGCUUUUACCAGAGGUGGGCUCCUCUCACCGACCCAGCAGACACCAGGUCGGGGGUAAAGGGUUACGUCAAGGCUAGCCUGAGUGUCCUGAUGAAGGGAGAAGCUCUACGGAUGCCCAGUCUGCCUCCGACCACCUCGUCAGUGGACAGCGAGGACAUAGAAAAGCAUUUGCUGCUUCCUCGCGGUAUGCCUUCUGAGCGCCCGUGGGCUCGGUUUCGUAUCCGUAUUUACCGGGCCGAGGGUCUGCCAACGAUGGAGGCGGGGCUAAUGGCCAAGAUGUCCGUCACUGAUCGGGCAGUUUUCAUUGACCCCUAUGUACAGGUGACCUUCGCAGGACAACAGGGUGAGACGUGUGUCGCCAGCUCCACCAACUGCCCAGUUUGGAAUGAAGAGAUCUCCUUCAUUGAGCAGUUUCCUCCUCUGGCUCAGCGAAUCAAAGUGCAGGUUCUUGAUGAUGCACGGAUGGGCGACAUAGCCUUGGCAACCCAUUUCCUAGACCUUCAGCAGAUUUCUGACCCGACGAGGAACGGAUUCAAUCCAACUUUUGGUCCAGGCUGGGUGAAUCUUUAUGGUUCUCCACAGAACUCCACCCUUGGAGACGUCCACCAAGCUUUGAACGAGGGAUUGGGUGAAGGGAUCUUCUAUCGAGGGCGAAUCCUCCUGGCUCUCUGCAUGGAUGUGUACUCUUCCCCCUCAGCCAUCUCCACAGAGCCCCGGUCUGCAGCUGCAGCAAAGGUCAAAGGAGCUCUGGGGAAAUUUGGACUGAAGAAGAAAAAGAGCAGCAAGACAGAGAAGAUGGAAGCAGCAUCUCCAUCUGAGAGUGGAUUGGCUGAUGAGUCUGGAGAGGCUGGAGUUGAGGUGCCAGAGUCUGUUACCGUGGAAAUCGAGGAGCUCCAUCCUCUGCCUGAGGGUUACCUGGGUCAGAAGGAGGAGUUUCUGCUGUUUUCAUCUCUGUUUGAAGUCACAAUGAUUGACCCAUCCGUAGCAACAAAACCACUGACCUUUGAACUCUCAAUAGGAAAUUAUGGGAAGGCUGUGGGAGUUGGAAAAUUCAAGAAAAGCCAGAACAGAGAGGAGCUGAGGAGGAGCAGGGAAGACCUGACAGAGGAGACUCAUGGUCUGCUGGAGUCGGAGGAUGAGCUAGACAGAGAGGAGAUGGAGAACUCUGAACCUGAGAAUAAGUCUGUGUCUGCCGCCAUGCGACCUCAGUCCACUGACUACGACAGGUCUUUCCAGUGUCUUCAGCUCCAGCCUCCUUCAGUCAGACUCAAACCUUGUCUGUUUGUUUGGAGCCAGUUUGAAGAUCACUGCUUUCGUCUCUAUCAGGCUAACUGGCUUAGCAAGAUGGCUGACAGGCUGGAGAUCGGUCUGGACGAGGUGGAAAUGCUGCUGAGGAGGCCCAAGAGUCGAGCAAAGGAGCGCUUGGUUCAGGUGCUACUGGAGCUGCUGGCAAGCUGCAAACAGUUCAGUGCUUUUUCAGAUAGAAGAUCUCAGUCUCGCCCCAACAGCCUGGACAAGUGCAGAAGAGGCUUCAUCAAAAAGAAUCUGGUCCUGUUGGCCAGACAGGCAAUCAGAGCCAGGCGGAGGAUCAGCAGGAAAACAGCCAAACAGCGCUUGGUGGAUAGCAGGAAAAUCCUAAAGAAACUCCGCCUACUGGCUGUAGAGCCUCAGAGCACCCUCCCAGAUGCUUUUCUUUGGUUGCUUAGUGGAAGCAAGCGACUGGCCUACGUCAGGAUUCCGGCUCACUCCAUCCUCUUCUCAUUGGUUGAGGAGCAGAAGGGGCGGGACUGCGGUCGCCUCACCACCCUCUACAUGAAGUCUCCAGGAUGUGCAGCAAGUGAGAUCUUUGCAAAGGUGGAGGUCUACCUGUGGCUUGGUUCAGUCAAGUACAGUAAAGAGGCCAUUAACGGCCUGCCAGAGGAGUUCACACCUGUAUACGAGGAAGAGGAGGAGGCGCAGAGGAGGCUGGUCCCAGUGGAGGCGCAAAGGAUGUUACCUGUUAGCCUGUCCUGCGAGGACAGCAGAUACUUCCAGCUACGAUGUCACCUGUAUCAGGGGCGUGGCCUGAUGGCUGCAGAUGAUGAUGGCCUAUCAGAUCCUUUUGCAAAGGUGGUCUUCUCCACACAGUGCCAGGUCACCAGGGUGUUGUCGGACACCCUGUCCCCCUCCUGGUGUGAGUGCUUGUUGUUUGACAGAGUUCUGCUGGAAGGAACAAAGGAGCAGCUUCAACAGGACCCGCCCCUCAUCAUCAUCAACAUCUACGACCAUGACGCCAUGGGUCCUCCGAAGCCUUUGGGUCGAGCUUUUGCUGAGCCGGAGUUUAAAACUGUGGAGCAGCUCUACGAAAAGCCCCGCCUUCAAUUUUAUGACAUCAUCAGAGGACGAGUUCCUGCAGGAGAGCUGCUGGCCGCCUUUGAGCUCAUUGAGCUCGACUACUCUGGGUUUGGAGAGCCCCACCUCCCCAUCAGCGUGGACCCUCAGGAGCUGACAUUCGAUGAGGAGCAGAGAUCCUACGUCAUCCCAGAGGGAGUCCGGCCUGUUCUGAAAACCUUCAGAAUCGAGGUGCUGUUCUGGGGUCUACGGGAGCUGAAGAGGGUCCAUCUGUUCGAGGUAGAGCGUCCUCUCGUCAGGGUGGAGUGUGCGGGACAAACGCUGGAGUCUGAGGAGAUCCAGAGCUUCAAGGCCAACCCAAACUUUAAAGAGGUGGUCCGGUACAUCGACGUGGAGCUGCCGGAGCAGUCCUACCUCCACCCUCCUCUGACCGUGUUUGUGGUGGAGCAUCGGGCAUUUGGUCACCUGGCUUUGGUUGGCUCUCAUGUGGUUCAGAACCUCAUGGACUAUGCCCCACAUGAUCUUGAGGGGGAAGAGGAGGAGGAGGAGGAAGAAGAGCUAAAACCUAAAGUGAGGCAGAAUUCAAUGAAGAUCAACCCGCUGGCGACGGUAAAGAGCAUCGGACUCAGCGGCCUGUCAGUCACACAGUCAAAGAUUCCCAUAAAACCCAUCAAGAUGAUGAACGCGCCCCUGAAGAAGCUGAAUAAAAUUAGAGGAGAGGAGCUGGAGGAGGAGGAGCCUGAGAAGGAGGAGUUGGACUGGUGGUCCAAGUACUACGCCUCCCUGGAGGAGCUGGAAAAAAAGGCUGCUGAGGUAGAACAGAUGGAGGAACAAGCAGAAACAGACGGAGUGCAUCUGACCAUGGCGAACAUCGAAGAGGAGGAGGAGGAAGCUGUGGUGGUGGAGAUCGAGCCUCCAAAGAGGAAGAAGAUCGCCACACUGAAGCUCUGUGACGGAGAUCUGGAGUCGGAGUUCAGCCAGUUCCAGGACUGGCUGCGGAUCUUUCCUCUGUUUAAAGGCAGAUCCACCACUGAGGAUGAAGAUGAGGGUGACCAGGAGAGGCUGAUGGGAAAAUACAAGGGUUCGUUCUUGGUCUAUCCUAUUGAUCCAGAAGACAGGGAAGACACGACGUGUCAGAUCACCAACGGAAUUCCCAAAAACUCUCCAAUCAAAGUCUUAGUCAGAGUUUACAUCGUCAAGGCUACCAGCCUGUCUCCCACGGACCCAAAUGGAAAGGCUGAUCCAUACCUAAUUGUCAAAGUGGGAGAUCAAAGUCUGGACUCCAAAGAGCGAUACAUCCCCAAACAGCUGAACCCAACGUUUGGAGAGGUGUUCGAACUGACAGUGUCCUUCCCUCUGGAGACAGAGUUGGUCAUCACAGUCAUGGACCACGAUCUCAUUGGAGCUGAUGAUGUCAUUGGAGAGACUCGAGUGGAUCUAGAAAAUCGGUUCUACAGUCGACAUCGGGCCUCCUGUGGGCUCGCUCUUUACUACGACACUGAUGGUUACAAUAAGUGGCGUGAUGCGAAGAAGCCGUCAACCAUCUUGGCUGAGCUCUGCAGGAAGAACGGCAUACCGUCUCCAGAGUACAGAACAUCUGAAGUGAAAGUCCUCAACAAGAUCUUCAAAAUACCUCCAGAUGCUGUUCCAGAAGGUUUGUUGAAGAAGAACCAGCGGUCUCCUGAGGAGGAAGCAGAGAUGGAGGAGCAUGCAGCCCUGAGUGUGCUGCAGCGCUGGAGGGAGAUGAGAGAGUUCCUCCCUGGAGCUGUUUCUCUGGUUCCGGAACACGUGGAGAUCCGAUCACUGCAGAACCAGGACAAUCCCGGACUUCCACAGGGUUACCUUCAUAUGUGGGUGGACAUGUUUCCCACUGACGUCCCUGCCCCGCCCGCUGUUGACAUAAAGCCCCGCCUACCUGAACAAUACGAGCUGCGCGUGAUCAUCUGGAACACCGACGACGUGUUUCUGGACGACAUCAACCCGUUCACUGGCGACCCUUCCUCCGACAUCUACGUCAAAGGCUGGAUUAAAGGACUGGAUGGAGAGAAGCAGGAGACAGAUGUCCACUUCAACUCUCUGACAGGAGAAGGAAACUUUAACUGGAGAUUUGUUUUCCGAUUUGACUACCUUCCCACUGAGAAAGAGGUUGUGUAUAAAAAGAAAGAGUCGAUCUUUUCUCUGGAAGAGUCCGAGUUUCGCCAACCGGCAGUUCUGGCCCUCCAGGUCUGGGAUUAUGACCGCAUUGCAGCCAACGACUUCCUGGGCUCCAUAGAGCUUUAUCUCAGCAACAUGGUCCGACCAGCAAAAACAUCCAGUAAGUGCACUGUUGACAUGGCCAAGGACCUCGCUGGUCCUCGGUUCUCCAUCUUUCGUGCCAAAAAGAUGAAGGGCUGGUGGCCGCUAGUCCGCUUGAAGAGCACAGAGGACUUUGAAAGGGAGGAGAAGGAGAGAGAGGAGGCCAAGAAGAAGGGACGCAAUAAAAAGAAGAGCAAAGACAAGAGAAGCAAACUGAGACAGGAGGACAUCCAGUACACAGACAGCUUGGGCAACACUUUCUUGUUGAUGGGGAAGGUGGAGGCGGAGCUUCAGCUGGUGGCUUUAGAGCAGGCAGAGGCCAACCCUGUCGGGCGAGGACGCAAAGAGCCGGAGCCUCUGGACAAACCAAAUCGUCCCACCACCAGCUUCAACUGGUUUGUCAAUCCCAUGAAAACCUUCAUCUUUCUCAUAUGGAAGAACUACAAGAAGUACAUCAUAGCUUUGUUCAUCCUCGCCAUCCUGACCCUGUUCCUGGUCCUCAUCUUCUACACCUUACCGGGACAAAUCAGCUCCCUCAUCGUCAACGGAUGAAACAACCCACAGAGAAUCUGGUUUCAGGUUUCUGGGCCUUUUCCAUCAGCUCCACCAUUACGUCGAACAAAACAAAGUUUGUCUGGAUUACAUCCUGGUGGGUGUGGUUCAGUCCAUCCUCUGUGGAGAUGACUGACCUCAGAUUUAAGAUUAACAAUUGAUUCAUGUUAUUUGACACGAGGAAACAAAUCAUGAUCUUAUUUUAAAUUGAAACACGAUUAUUUUCAUAUUAAGUUGUGCUUUUGUUCAUAUUUUUGUUAUAAAAGUAGACUAAGUAAACAUUAUGGUGUUUAAAAUACAUUUUUGUUUGUUCGUUGCACUGAUUCAGAACUCUGAUCUGCACCAGAAUCAAGUGGAGGGAUCGGAACAACAAGUCUAACGAAUAAAUAUUAAUAUCAGACACUUGUAAUUAUUUCACUCACUUUGCAGCUAAUUUAAAACAUUAAUUACACAGUUACACAGAUGAUUGAGCUAAAUAAUAAGGCAGAUAGUCUAGAUUAUUUUUUGUUUUUAGGGUUUUAAAUGAAACGGACAUAAAAAAGGUGAGAGGAGCUCAGUUAUAAGCAGAACAGGCUUUGCCGCUGCCUCAGGAAGCUACAAAUAGUUUGUUUACAUGUUUGUUCUGAUUGUUUCCUCUGGUGACGUUGAGACGAACUUCACCUCACAUGCAGAAGAAAUGAUGAAUGGAGUCUUUAUUUAUGGAAACCACUUAAUUUAUUGAACAUUUCCAGUCUUUGGGUUUGUGCGGAACUUCAUCUAUAAUAAAAUGAAUGAUCAAAGAC